AUGACCAAAGUUGGCAUGGGUGCUGAAGCUUCUCAUGAUCACAUUCUGACGUCUGAGUAUGCAUCUCUACUUGCAUUGGAGUUCGGCCGCAACCCUGUUGUAAAUGACGAAGCUGCCUUCGAUAUCUAUCCUCCUCCUCCUCAUCCAAAUCCCUCCACCCUUCCACCACGACCGCCUGUAGUGACAAUCAUGGGUCAUGUCGAUCAUGGCAAGACCACCUUGCUAGAUAAACUUCGAUCUACCUCCGUUGCGAAAGGAGAAGCAGGCGGUAUCACGCAACACAUAGGUGCUUUCUCCGUGCCCGUGCCAGCCAGUGAAGCUAGCGGGGACGUCCGCACAAUCACCUUCUUGGAUACUCCAGGACAUGCUGCUUUCUCUGCGAUGCGUGCACGCGGCGCGGGAGUGACGGACAAAGUUGUCCUCGUUGUAGCGGCGGACGACGGAAUCAUGCCGCAGACAAAGGAAGUUAUCGAUCUCAUCCAAAAGGAGAAUGUUCAGGUCGUCGUUGCCAUCAACAAAGUGGACAAGCCUGGAGUGAAUGUUGAAAAAGUCGAACAAGCGCUCCUGGCAGCGGGUGUACAGUUGGAAACAUUUGGUGGUGAUGUGCCGUCUGUGCGGGUCUCGGGUCUGACCGGUCAAGGCCUAGACCAGCUUGUAGAGACCAUUUCCGUUCUUGCGGAGAUGCAGGACUUGCGCGCCGAGCGAGAUGGAAAGGUGCAGGGCUACGUCCUCGAGUCCAAGGUUCAGAAAGGUCUUGGACCUGUUGCCACAGUUCUUGUCCUUCGUGGAUGCCUGAAGCCUUCAGAUCAUAUCAUCGCCGGCCUGAGCCAUGCGAAGGUACGGGUGCUCAGCGAUUCCAAUAGCCAGGCGGUGAAGGCCGCUUAUCCUGGGAUGGCAGUUACCGUAUCAGGCUGGAAAGAGCUGCCCAAUGCCGGCGACGAGGUUCUGCAAGGAACGGAAUCAGAGGUGAAGAAGGCGCUCGCUAACCGGAUUCGCACGAAGGAGAUCGAGGCCACUUUAGGUGACAUGGAGGCCAUCAAUGAGCAACGGCGCUUAGAGCGAGAGGAGAAGGAGAAGGAGGCGGAAGGCGGCGAAAAGGCAGAAGAGCCGGCUGCACAGCCGCAAGAGAGUGGGCCGAAGGAACUGAAGCUCGUCAUCAAGGGCGAUGUGAGCGGAAGCGUAGAAGCGGUCGCCGGCGCGUUAGAAGGGAUAGGCAAUCACAUCGCUCGAGUCAAGGUCAUUGCGACUGGCGUCGGCGACGUUACUGAGUCGGACGUCAUGCGGGCCAAAGCUGCAGAAGGUACUGUUGUUGCCUUUUCCGUCAACACGCCCCGUCAUGUUCAGUCUAUUGCGACCUCCCAAAGUGUCCCCUUGAUGUCGUCGACGGUAAUCUAUCGUCUGAUGGACGAUGUCAAGGAACGCGUUAUUGCGCUGCUGCCGCCAAUCGUCGAACAGCGGGUGCUCGGCGAGGCCAACGUCUUGCAGCUCUUUGAGAUCCAUCUCAAGGGCAAGAAGACCAUGAAGAUCGCAGGUUGCCGCGUAUCAAAUGGUGUAGUAAACAAGACUAAACUCGCGCGUGUCGUAAGGAACGGUGAGGUGGUCCACGAAGGACGCCUGGAGACCCUCAAACACCGUAAAGACGACAUCACGGAGGCUGCCAAGGGCACCGAGUGCGGCAUAGGUUUUGAAAAGUACGACGAUCUCCGCGAGGGAGACGUGAUACAGAUCUACCAGGAAGUAGAAAAGCCGGGUAAUUUAUGA